GCGGCCUCUGUUCCCGAAGGAGGGGAUCAUGGCCUCCAUGCUGCUCACCCGGCGGCUGGCCUGCAGCUUCCAGCACAACUGCCGCCUGCUCGUGCCCGGAUCCAGGCAUAUCAGUCAGGCUGCAGCCAAAGUCGACGUGGAAUUUGAUUAUGAUGGGCCUCUGAUGAAGACAGAAGUCCCCGGGCCUAAAUCUCGGGAGUUAAUGAAACAGCUGAAUACAAUUCAGAACGCAGAGGCUGUGCACUUCUUCUGCAAUUACGAAGAGAGCCGAGGCAAUUACCUGGUCGACGUGGAUGGCAACCGAAUGCUGGAUCUCUAUUCCCAGAUCUCCUCUGUCCCCAUAGGUUACAACCAUCCUGCGCUCAUGAAGCUCGUGCAACAGCCUCAGAAUGCGAGCACGUUCGUCAACAGACCUGCCCUGGGAAUCCUGCCUCCGGAGAACUUUGUGGAGAAGCUGCAGGAGUCCUUGCUCUCGGUGGCUCCCAAAGGGAUGUCCCAGCUCAUUACCAUGGCCUGCGGCUCCUGCUCCAAUGAAAACGCCUUCAAGACUAUCUUCAUGUGGUACCGGAACAAGGAAAGGGGUCGAACGGGUUUUUCCAAAGAGGAGCUGGAGACGUGCAUGGUCAACCAGGCCCCUGGCUGCCCUGACUACAGUAUCCUCUCCUUCAUGGGCGCGUUCCACGGGAGGACCAUGGGUUGCUUAGCGACCACACAUUCCAAAGCUAUUCACAAGAUCGACAUCCCUUCCUUCGACUGGCCCAUCGCACCGUUCCCACGGCUGAAGUACCCUCUGGAGGAGUUUGUGAAGGAGAACCAGCAAGAAGAGGCCCGCUGCCUAGAAGAGGUGGAGGAUCUGAUCGUGAAAUAUCGGAAAAAGAAGAGGACGGUGGCCGGGAUCAUCGUGGAGCCCAUCCAGUCCGAGGGUGGAGACAACCACGCGUCCGACGACUUCUUCCGGAAGCUGAGAGACAUCUCCAGGAAGCAUGGCUGUGCCUUCUUGGUGGAUGAGGUCCAGACAGGAGGGGGCUGCACCGGCAAGUUCUGGGCCCACGAGCACUGGGGCUUGGAUGACCCUGCAGACGUGAUGACCUUCAGCAAGAAGAUGAUGACCGGGGGCUUCUUCCACAGGGAGGAGCUCAGGCCCAAUGCUCCGUACCGGAUCUUUAACACCUGGCUGGGGGACCCGUGCAAGAACCUGCUGCUGGCCGAGGUCAUCAAUGUCAUCAAGCGGGAGGACCUGCUGAAAAACGCCACCCAUGCCGGGAAGGCCCUGCUCAUGGGGCUGCUGGACCUCCAGGCCCGGUACCCCCAGUUCAUCAGCAGAGUGAGAGGACGAGGCACCUUCUGCUCCUUCGAUGCUCCAGAUGAACCCACACGGAAUAAACUCAUUUCAAUAGCCAGAAGCAAAGGUGUGGUGUUGGGAGGCUGUGGUGACAAAUCCAUCCGCUUCCGUCCCACUCUGGUCUUCAGGGAUCACCACGCACACCUGUUCCUCAAUAUUUUCAGCGACAUCUUAGCCGACUUCAAGUAAAGAAGCCAUUUCCACGAUGCUCUGAGAAAGCCCUGAUCUCAGCAGUUGUCAAAUUGAUUAGUUUGCCUAAUUCAUGUUUUCACUUAAAGUAUCCGAGGUGAA